AUGUCCCACUUCGGCGAGCCCGAAAGCGUCAGUUGCCGAGCUCCUGUGCAUCCGAGUCUGGACUGGACUGCUCUAACUCCAACCCAGUUUCGGACUCCGCCUCGCUUCCCACGAGUUCUAAUCCUACUACCGCCAUACGUCAUCUUCGCCAGCGCCGUCAACCCUUUAUUCAGGAAACCUCCUCUGUAACUGUCUCAGCUGCUGACCACAUCGAUCAUCCCCGGACAUGCAACCGCAGGCCACAAAGUCACAGGUUACAGUUAUCAUCCACAUCGCCUGAAGGCUCUGCUGCUCUUAACCUCAGUCCUACGUCUUGUGGGCUUGCAAUGUUGCAUUCACGUAGUUUACUCCUCACGGGCUGCCGGAUAGCUCAAACUGCUGCGGAGGGUCGGCUCACCAGUCUGUCAUGCAAUGACUCUGAGUUAAGUUCCUUUCUGCCCGCUCAUCGAACGCAUAACUUCGCAAACUUGAACGAAGCCAAAGAACAUAGAUACCGCGAAUCUGGGGAUCUAGCUGUUGGCUGCCUACAGGAUGUUGUUCCAUUGUCUCUGGUGCAGUACCUAGAACUUACUAAGCAGGUAUUUAUGGAUCACUUCGCAAUGCUUCGUUCUCCUGUUUACCGAGCUCAGCUAUUACGUGAGGUCCAAGUAGAACGUCAACGACACGAGGAGCUACUUCGUCGCAAACAGCUUCUCGAGGAGGUGAUUGACAAGCUCCAUGUUGAAGGGUGCAGUUUACUAUCCAACUUUACUAAGCGUGUAAGUCGAUCCCGAUCAAGUAUUCUAUCGGUCAAGAAUAGUUCUAGUCCUAGAGUUAAGUUGAUUUCAUUUUUUCGUUAUUGA